AGGCUAUAUUUAUAAACACUCGCUGAAGUUGCGCGAAGUGUCGUCACUAAUCUCCGUGGCGCGCUGUGGGUAGGACGGAUUGACAAGGGUGUGUAGCCCGUGGGUGAGGUACGCGUGAACCGGAGUAAUGUGAGCUAUGAAGGUCCUCCCUUCACCCCUCUUGUACUUCCUCCUGGGGGGUGACACUACCCCUGAUUCUUGGACUUCACUGUGAGUUGGAUUGUGAGGAUGACGCUUGUGUGGAGACCAUUACCAGAGUGCCCAAGAAAGCGUGCCGCCAACUAGGGAGGUCGCCGAGAUCGUCACCAAGAAUCCCUCCCAAACAACAUUUCACAGUCCGUCAGAAAAGGACCUUCCUGGAGAUCACUUUGUCACGUGACAGGGAACCAGGUUCGGUGUUGUUGCUGACGGUACCAGCACGGGGAGGCCGUCAAUGCUUCAACAUCACGACCCCAGGAAACCAGACAUACACCGUCAACGACGGCAGGGCGAGGACGAGGCUUAAAUGCAGUGGUGUUCGAAUCACGAAGAAAGGGACAAAGAUCAAACUGUACGAUCUCACAAAUCGCAAGAUUCUCGGCUCACGGCUGGUGCAAAAGAAACAGGAGACGUUGAGAACUACCCAAGGGCCUCCAGCCGAGGGGGGUUGAAAAUGGCUCCCGCCAUCCCCGGACAGCCUGUACCUGUUUGAUUCCUGAUGUUGUCUACCUGAAACCCGAGUGUGUGUUCCCCGGAAACUACACCAUGACUGUCAGCUGGGCGCCGUUCUACAACAGCAGCGACCUGAGAGUAGGCAUCGUACCCGAGGGCGGCAGCGACGUGUUCGUGACGAAUGGUCACCGGAAGCUGCCAAGGUGGAAGCUUUUGACUCAAAGACUUCAGGAAGAGACAUUUACGGACUUGAAACUGGAAUCCAGAUCCAAAUACAUUGGAUUGGUUGGGUCCCUAGGUUGCAACUCGUGCAUGCGCUACAAGGAGAGUGAAGCUUUGCGUGUGCAGUGUUCGAACGAAGGUCCAGCACCGUCCGAUCCUCCACCUGCAAUAGACAUGAAAGCGACGACGUCUACAUCUAACCCACCUAUGGUGGUCUAUGCUGUUAUUGGAGUCGGGGCCUUUGCGUUCAUCGGAGUGCUGGCUUUAGGGGUGUUCUUGCUGAAAAUGCGACAUGGGAAGCGUUAUGGACCUCUGCCUGCAUCCGAUAGUUCUGCGUCCCUCGCAACUGUCGCUCAAGUGUCGGUGGUCAGGUCAUCGGAUGUUGAUGACGUUGUCAGAGCAACCGAAAAUUUGGUUUCGCAACUGCAGCAACGCGGGAAGACAACGGUGUCUACGCUGGUGUCUGAUGUGACGGAGGUGUCGAUCUCAGCUAGUGACCUCAUCUUCCACGUCACAUCCGGUAAUGAAUCGUUACCGACAUGUCUGAAACAACUGACAUCCAAAACAGUGACCGUUGUUCUCCGUGGCAACAGGAAGCCUGACGUUGUUGUGCCACGUGACUUCCGGUUCGGGGACCUGCUGAACAACCAGAUGGCCCCUGGACGUAGCCUUCACCUUGAUGAUUUUCUGAACAAGCUUGGGCCAGCUCACAUUGAUGUUGGCCCAUCUAAAGUGAGAGCGCUGUUGCUGUCCUGUGACUCGGGAGAGUACGAUUCACCACAUCGGGAGGCCACGGGGGAGCUUGUAAAACUGUUGAGGGAACACCUCGCCAUUACAGUCGUGGAUCCACAGGAGACAAAACAUCUUCAGGAACUGAGGAACAUGGGAACUAACAGAUGGGCCAGGGAAAAGAUCGCAGCUAGUAACAUAGUCAUUGUUGUCCCGUCCAAGGACUUUGCAGGCGUUCAUACAGGGGACAUGAAUCUCAACAACAACGAAAGAAUUGUUCGAGAUGCUAUUGUUUGUCUGAAACAGAGUUCCCCUGGACCGACUCCAGAUGUGUGUGUUGUGACGUUUGGGUACUGGGCUGAACAUGUUGAGAGUGUACGAAUGCAUUUCCCAGCCAGUCGAACGUUCAAUCUGGUUGAGACUGACACUGACGACCCGUCUGAAGUAAGACACAAUCUCAAACCCUUCUUCUCAUUCCUGUGCCCCGACGUGACUUUGGUUGAGCGCGCGUGUCGUGGGGGACAGGGCUUCCUUUUCAGCGCUGAUCGGAUGUCUGAUUUUGUGCGUGGAGCUCCAGACGUCUUGGAGAACAUGGUUUGAGCGCCUUGAGUGUACCGGAUACAGGCGCUUUAAAAAAUGUCCAUUAUUAUAAUCAUCAUAUCAUGUGCAAUGGAGAUGGGGAAAUCCUGCAUUGUAGUUAGGUCGGCCUGUUAUAUUCACCAGCGUACGGAGAAAUAUAAAUUAAUGACCCCUAUAAGUGGUCUGGGUGAAGCUGCAACAUUGUGGAGACCGUCCAAUCAGUUUUAGUCCUUCAGCCUUAACUGUGGCGCUUUUUGCGAUUUAAUUCGAACGAGUAUGGUUGUAUAUGAUGAAAGUCCGAUACAUGCUAUGUGUAUCCUUUGACCUAACAAGAUCUAACUUUCAAAGUUUGUAAUGCAAAAUUAAAAUUUGUCCCUUCAGUGUUCAUUUUAUGACAGGAGAGUGAGUCAGUGAGAUGUAUUCAUUUUUAUCCAAGAGUCUAACGGGACAAGUAUUCUGUGUUGUUACACUUAGAGUAAACAUCAGGUACAUUCAUUUCAGGACCAUUUUUUCGAAAUGUCUCCCAGACGCAAUUGUCAACUGUCGAUGAACUGUACAAAUGUCUUAUAUCUAUUUGUAUCAUAUACAAACAUACUCGGGCGAAUUAAAUCGCUAAAAUUGGCCUGUGGCCCAAAUUGAGGCUGGCGGAAUUACAAAAACCUUCCACUUGAUCACGAGAUGUGGAAAACCUUUCAUCUGAUCACGAGAUGUGGAAAACCUUCCAUCUGAUCACGAGAUAGGGAAAACCUUCCACCUGAUCAGGAGAUGUGGAAAACCUCCACCUGAGCACCUGGUGUGUAGCCCAGGUUUACUUAUACAGUAUUAUAAUAAUAAUGUCUAUUUAUAUUGCGCCGGGUUCCACCCACAGAGGUGCGUGCUCAAGGCGCUACAAUAGUCACAGAUGAGAGGUUCACGGGAGGAGAGAGUUCGUGGGGAUAGAACUUUCUGAAGAGAAAGGUUUUUAGGUUGGUAUUAAGACCCUAUACCUCAGGAUGAUAUGGAUACAUUGUACAUAAACUACCGGGUAAAAUAUAAUAUACAAUCAUGUCUGAUGGUGGCUACAAACGAGGCAGCAAAUGGUUAUUCAAAGGUAAAGUUUUUCAUAUUGGUGUCAUUGUUGAGUUUAAACAUAAACUAUCUGUUUCUGUGUCAUUGAUUUCAUCCUAAUUCUGUUGAUGACGUUUGCAGUUGUUUGGUCGAAUUUUUGUUUGUGCCCCUGUCAAAUGCUUUCUUCAUGUUAUGUUUUAUUUUGCCCGGCAGUUUAUUUUAACUUGAAUUAGUUUGGCACGUUUUGUAAAGUAGAGUGUGUUGUGUUCCAAACAUUGCCUGCUAAGAAACCUUUAGUGUACUAGUACAUAUUUUGUUUCUAGGCCUUGUAUACGGCUGAUCAUUGGUAGAUAACACCCUGUAAUCGCUUUAUCAGCCCAACUUAUGUCACAUCGUCGCUGAAGUUCCAUGCAGAUAUAACAGACACAUUGGGGUGGGGAGGUGGAAUGGGGUAUGAAACUGGUUAUUGGAAAAGGGAGAUAACUGGGGUCGGGAUGUGUCAGUGGAGAUAGUUGGAAGCCUGAGGGUAGGGAUGAGUGUGUGGUGUGGUGAAGGAGGGUGAUGGGUGGGGAUGGGUUGGGGCGGCGUAGUUUCGCUGUAGUUGAGAGUGCGGGUGGAAAAGGCUGGGAGAGAGCACGGGGGAGGGGUUUCUGUAUGAAAUCGCGACGGUGUCGAAGGGGAAGGGUACCGAGGAGUUGUGUUGGUCGUUGGGGAGGGAGGGAGUUGGGGUGGGAUCUGGGUAGUCUACACCAAGAGCUAUCUUCAUGUUAUUUAAUUGUAAGCUAGACUUGCCAACUGUUAUAGACUCGGAAUAAGACGUUAGUGUUUCAGAGUUCUGUACAACAGGCUCGGAGAAGAGGGAUGGAGGGGUCUGAGUUGGUUGGUUGUUGUUUAACGCCGCACUCAGCAAUAUUUCACCUUUAUGGCGGCGGUUUGUAAAUAAUCGAGCCUGGACCAGACAGUCCAGUGAUCAACAGCAUGAACAUCGAUCUACGCAAUUGGGAUACGAUGACAUGUGUCAACCAAGUCAGCGAGCCUGACCUCCCGAUCCCAGUCACCUCUUACAAGGUUGCUGAAGACCAAUUCUAACCCGGAUUCUGACGGAUCGAAGGGGGUUGAGAGUAAAUGGUAAGAGAUGGCUGGGUAAGUUGCCAACUGGAAAGGUUGAUAUGACUGUUGAUUUCAUUAAUAAUGCACAUUUAAACUUCCAUGUUUCUUAUUUGUGUUAUUUCAUGAUCAUGUUACGUUUAUGCUUAUCCGUACAGGUAAUUUAUCCUCACUGGAAAUGUUCACGCAUAACACUACUUUACUGUAUAUAUUUACUCCAUUCUUUCAUUUCCUUCACACUUACGCACGCACACACACACGCACAAACACACACACACUCACACGCACCCUCACACACAAACACGCUUUUUUACUGGAAAAUUGUAUUCCCUCUCUAGUAUCCUCGCUCUAACAAAAACCACAUACACACAUGCACAAACGUACACACGCACACUAUACAACCCAGCCGGACCACACAAUCCCACCACACAAUAAUUAAUCUUCGGGAGAAGGUCUUUCAAACAUAUGACAUAACACAAACUUGUUUGAUCUGAUCGGACUUGUUAUUGAGGACUUUAGUGACGGAUCCAUUUUUGACGGCGUUUGAUGAACAGAAAAGCACAUACGAUGUCUACACUGUGUACUCGAUCUGCAUUGAAAUAUAUUUUGAAACAUA